GAACAGAAGUUUUGCCAGCGCUACGACCAGUUGAUGGAAGCCUGGGAAAAAAAAGUGGAACGCAUCGAAAAUAACCCCCGGCGCCGUGCCAAAGAGAGCAAAGUGCGGGAAUACUAUGAGAAGCAAUUCCCAGAGAUCCGGAAGCAGCGGGAACUGCAAGAGCGCAUGCAGAGCAGGGUAGGACAGAGGGGCAGUGGCGGGCUCUCCAUGUCAGCCGCACGCAGCGAGCAUGAGGUGUCGGAAAUCAUCGACGGGCUCUCAGAGCAAGAGAACCUGGAGAAGCAGAUGCGGCAGCUCGCCGUCAUCCCGCCCAUGCUGUACGAUGCCGACCAGCAGCGCAUUAAAUUCAUCAACAUGAACGGCCUCAUGGACGACCCCAUGAAGGUCUACAAGGACCGGCAGGUGAUGAACAUGUGGAGCGAGCAGGAGAAGGAGACCUUCCGGGAAAAGUUCAUGCAGCAUCCAAAGAACUUCGGCCUGAUCGCAUCCUUUCUGGACAGGAAGACGGUGGCAGACUGCGUCCUCUACUACUACCUGACCAAGAAGAACGAGAACUACAAAAACCUCGUAAGGAGGAAUUACCGGCGGCGCGGGAAGAGCCAGCAGAGGGUGCCGCGCGCGGUCGUGAGAAGCCAGGCGGUGGGUGGCAGCGAGGGCUGA